GGUUUGAACCAAACCUACCCGCCAAAUUCCAACAGAGGCUGAACUGUUUGAUGCCCGAAAAGGAAUAAAGUUAAUAGUGCGCGUUACUCGUCGUUGUCAUUGUAAACUAUUACAUCGAAAUGCUUUUCCGCUCUAUAAAGAAAUCCGAAUAAACCUCAAGUUCAAGACGGCGUUUGGGUGGGAGAGACAAUGUGGAGCGACGUUGAACUUCUGACCAACGAGGACACAAACUACUACCGUUUUGGCCAUGUGUCAAAGGAAGAGAACGGGAGUGGCUUGUACCAAGUGGACACAUUGGUCAAGAUAUCAACGGCUGAUACGAAGCAGCAUAAGCCUUAUCUCUCCUCCUCCUGCGGGUCAACCUGGAGCGUUGUCGUGGCUGACAGGACGGUCAUCCUGUUUGACCAGACCUACCAGACCAUCCUUCUUCAUCUUGACUUUGAAACUGAGGUGGAUGCUGUGGAUGUGUGUCUGGAGGGCCAGUUCCUUGUGGUCUGCGAAAGAGUGGGAAAUCUCCAUUUGAUCUAUGUUCCUCAGAAGAGGAUCCUUCUCACCAGGGCUUUGGUGCAGAGCCCGUCCAACAUACUCCAGAAAACAUUCCUUCACCUCAUCAUUGAGGAGGAUAAGAAAUCCUCAGGGAUAUAUCAUCUUUUCCUCCUCAUCAAGGAUGGAUUUUUCCACAUCAAAAAUCUACAUUUAGAGAAAAUCCAAAAAGCCCUUGACACAAAGGACUUUGUGAUCUCGAAAGAGGUCCAGUCAAGUAUCAAGAUCGACUUCUGCUCCACCAAUGAGUUCCAUGAAGAGGGAUGUAGUACGGCUUUGUUAUUCACUUUAAACGGUGACAUCCACUUAUUGGUCGGGGGGGAUACAGACAACGUCUUGACCCACUGGACGGUGGGCCCGGAUAACUCUACGAUGUGCCACAGCCAAACUCUGGACUGCAGCAUCAUCCCAGGCAUAAAGAAGAUGGUGGUGGCGGAAAAUCAGAUCUAUAUUCAAGACACAGAGGAUGUACUCAGCCUUUGGGAUCUCCACUUCCUGGUUAUGAUCUGGUUCUCACCGGAUGACCCCAUUCAAGAUUUCCUACUGUCCACCGGGUGUGACUCCACCCCCUUGACGGCACAAGAAAAAAGCAGCAUGAAAAUAAUAACCUUGACACAGGAGGACAACAGCCAGAUGUGCAAACUCAAAGUGUGCUCCCUGCCCUCCAUGACUGCUCUUUACUCGCUGGACGUCUCCCCUACAUCUUGUCUGGUCCAGACUAGAAUAAACAUGGACACUAUUUUCUUGGUUGAGGGGAUUCCUGAGCACUCAGACAGUCCCAACCAGUCGAUAUCUUCAGUUGUUAUGCGAUGCCUAACAGAGGCUUUGCCAGAAAACAGGCUCAGUCGACUUCUCCACAAACACAUGUUUGAGGAAGCUGAAAAGUUUGCCAUAACCUUUGAGCUCGAUCUCGAGCUUGUGUACAAGGUGAAGCUGGACUUUGUGUUGGAGCAACUGGCUUCUGCCUCGGUGGGGGGCUACGGACAGGACGUCUGGUCAGAACUAGUGGAGGGGGCCAAGUCAAACCUCACGAAGAUCGCGGACGAGCAGUAUGUGGUGGAGUACUGCCUGAAGGCCCCCUGGCCCACCUUCCAGACGGCGGAGAAGAUGCUGGGUCACGCUGCCGAGCGCUUCUCCUCCCUGCACAUCCAGGAGGCCCAGGCCAGGCUGGCCACCUUCUGCAGCCUCCACGGGCCCCAGAACUUCAAUGGCAUCAGCUGGAUAGAGUUCCUGAACAGUACAGACAACAUGGCCGAGGUCCAGUGCCAACUCAGGGAAGGGGACCUCAAGGGCGCCCAGCUACUCUGGCUCAGACACGAGGGAGAGAUCGCAGAGAAGGUUGACGAGGCUGCGUUGGAGGCUCUGCUGGGCGCCGUCCCGGAGGACCUGCCGUCGGGGGAGCUCUGCCCGUGGUUCAGGACCGUGCUGGUCCCCUUCGUCCGGAGGGUGCUGCCCCAAGGCCAGAAAGCGCUGGCGAGAUGGCUGGAGCAGAAGGCGAGGAAUCUGGAGUUGACUGAGAAGGGCGCCUGGCCGCUUAACGGACUGGAGAUGGCUGAGCUGGGUCUGCCGUCGUUAUGGAUGUGGAUGCAAUCUGACAACGACUACGGUGCGGAGGAGGUGGCGAACCUCAGGUCUCUGGUGGUCAACCUGCGGCAGCUCCUCGAUCUGCACCGGAAAUACAAGUGUCGCCUCUCCCUCUCUGUGUUUGAGAAGGGCAGCGCGCGGAGCCUGGCCUUCUUCAUGCUGGACAAGAUCACGGCUCCGGAGGUCAUCCCGCAGACGGUGGAGAAGAGCGUCCGGCCGUACGCCCUGGAGCAGCAGAUCCCCCUGGACCAGCUGCUGCUGCACUACAUCAAGGACCUGUUGGAGCGCUGUCGCUCCCAGACCACCAGUCUGUUCACUAACUGGGAGUCCAAGGCUGUGGCGGUGCUGGACUGCAUGACGGAGACAGACCUGAAGGUGGACGCCGUGCUGGAGGUCAUGCAGAACGCGGUGGUGCCGUGGAGCGACGUGGUUGAGAAGCUGGUUCAGAAGUACCUGGAGAUGGAGGGCCCCAAACAAAAGCUUUUAAAAGAAAGGUACCAUCUAAUGGAGAUUACAAAACUCCUCCGAGGCUACGGCAUCCGCAACUUCAACCUCUCCAACAACACAAAUGUCAUGGCCCUGAUCCGGUACAUCCUCAGGCAGAACCUGUCCACCUCCUUAGAGGACUCCCUGAAGUUAGCGGUCACCUACAAACUCCCCACCUUUCAGAUCCACUACCUGUACCUGACGGAGCUCAUCGCCCAGGGCAAGAGCGAGGCGUGCAUGAGCCUGCUGAAGCAGCUGUCGUCGGCGGAGGCGGAGUGUGUGGUGGAGCGUCUGACCGCGUGGGCCCGCCUGCAUCUGGAGGACAAGGAACACGUGUCUGAUGAGCACAAGAAACAUCAGAUGGUCAUUGCUCAAGUCCUGGUGGAGGCGUUGAAAUACUUGCAUGUAAUCCUAAAAGAAGAAGUCCUGAAGAGCAUGGAGUGUGAGAACAACCUGGUCAUGUUCAAGGCCAUCGCUCACCUGCAGGAGGACUUUGACGUCUUCUUCACCCCCGCCAACUACGAGGACCCCGCCAUGCGCCAGCAGAUCCAGGAGCACCACAUCAUGGCCUACGAGAACACGCGGGGCCGCCGCCAGCCGGGGGGCCCGCUCCCGGACACGCCCACGCUGGCCAAGGACCCCGACGGCAAGAGCAAGAGCGUCUCCACCCAGGCGGGGCUAGGGCGCCUGGGGAGGCAGCUGCAGCGCACCAAGCAGGAGCUGUGGUCGGACCUGGCCCUGCGCGCGCUGGGCGUGGGCAAGGUGGAGGUGGCGCUCAAGAUCCUCGGUGAGCUCUACGAGCACCACGGGGACCCGGGGACGGGCAAGGUGCUAUUCACCGCUGCCCAGAGGCUGUGCCAGAUGUUGGAGGCGGACACGCCCAUGGUGGUACCGGACGGGUCAGACCUCCCGGCACUCAUCCACAACCUGGCCUCCCGGGCCAUCACUGUGUGUCACCCAGACCUGCUGCUGGACUGUCUGGAGCUCUGCAAGAGUACCAGGAUAGCCAUGGAUGUUUAUCAUCAGUGUCUGUUUUCAGACAACUAUGGUUUUAUAGCCAAGGAUGUGAGUUUGGAGGCAAAGGGGGACCCGUACUCCCAGUGGACCUUCCAGGACCUGUUUAGGGAGGACUGCAUCGUCUUGGACGAGGUGUCGGUGCUGCCAGUCCAGUAUGAAAUCACAAACAGCUUGCUGCCUAUGUCCCCAGACCUCAAGCUAUACCCGCUGGACUGCUCCUGUCUGUCACACUGCUCUUUUGAAGAUGGCUCCAGCUACCUUCAGCCCCUGCUGGGCCCCCUGAACAUCAUGCUGCAGAUGCUGCAGGAGUGCAGUCAGCUGGAGCUGGCCCUGCGCGUGCUCGUCAACUCCUACUGCAGCUGUCUUCAGCACGUCACCUCCAACAUCAUGGACGUCAAGCUCAGCACAAAGCUCUAUGAUAAAGGCCGUCUUCAAGAGUACAACACAUUAAUGACGGAAGUCCGAAAGUUGACUAUAACCACCCUUAACAACGUUGCAGUGGCCCUCCUUAACAAGGUGUUUAACUGGGGAGUGUUGGAUUGUGACUUGGCUAUUGGACUCUGCACUCUCCUGUCUAAGACCGAGGUCUUCAAACUGCUGUGGAAGGUGGUGGACAACACCUGGCAGAACUAUGACAAGAUCAUGGCCGUUGCUGUGGUAGGGGCUCAACUGUGCCACCUGUACCAAGAUAAACCGGAGGAAGAGAAGUUUUUAUCGGUCAUCACUGACGCUGAAUGGGGCAUCAAGCUGGGAAAACUAGGGAUCUCCAUCCAGUCUGUGUUCCGUCAGCCUCCGGAGAUGAAGACCAACAUGAUCCCUGUUCUGGUCAGGAACCGUAACAUCACGCCCGACAUCAUCCUCCAGUACUGCAGCGCCUACGGCCUGGACCAGGACAUGGUGAUCAACCUGUACAUCACCACCCUGCUGCUGCCCCAAGAGGAGGAGGAGGAGGAGGAGGAGGAGGAGGAGGAGGAGCCGGGCGUCGCCACGGUGACCGGCGAGGACGAGGCGUCCCCUCCUCUGGGCCACGCGGACGCCAUGGACCGCGUGCUGACCAUCAUCCCCAUGUUGAUCAGCACCAGCAACCUCACCGACAGCCUCAGCGCUGCCUUGCUCAAGCUCAGCCCGUACUGCUACGAGAGGAUCGAGGUGGUGUUGAAGAUCAUCCAGACGGCCGACGAGAAUGUCACCUGCUUCUCAGUCAGCCAGCACGUCAGCCUGCUGAAGCACCUGCAGUCCUACCGCCGCAUCGGCCCGCCCACGGACUUGGAGAGCUCCUACCUGCUGGAGAACUGCCUGCAGCCCAGCGCCCUGGCCAAUAGCCGGCUGCCCUUCCACAUGCUGAUGCACCCCACCCACUACUGGAAGAUCAUCGCUCCAGAGCUCAGUGAGGAAACCUUCCCUACAAUCCUGCUGAUCAGCAAGCUGAUGAAGGUGAGCCUGGACAAGCUGUACAUGCUGGCGGUCAACAACGUGUUUGAGAAGAGCCUCAAGCCCCUGCUGCUGAGGCAGAGCGGCCGCGGCCCGAGGCCCGGCCCCGGCCCCAACCGCCACAGCUUCGAGGUGGCCAAGACCAUCAUGGACUACAUCCGCUGCAUCCAGAACCCCGAGUGGGCCGCCGCCACCGCGCACAAGAUCACCCAGGAGCUGCCCCCAGGCAAUGAGAAGACCCAGUCCCUCAGGUUCUGCCUCUCGCUGGCAGAGACCUGGCUGAAGGACCCUAAAAUAGAGCAGUCGGCGCGGUCCCGGGGGGAGACCUUCCUGUCCAAGCUGAAGCUGCAGUUCCAGCGCUCGGCCACGGAGAACGCCCUGCUGGGCGCCCAGCUCGGGGGCCAGGAGCUGCUGAAGCUGACCGGUCUGCCCGCCAAGCUCAUCGCGGCGCUCUACGAACACCCCAGCGUGGCCCAGCGCUACAGGGACUCGGCCGGCGACGGCUACCCAGACCUCCAUGCGGUGUGCAAGGGGAUCGCCACCAUCAACAGCGUGGAUCUGCUGAAGAUCAGGAACCUGCUGCUGGAGAAAUGGAUCUGUAGGACGGGCCCGGCUGGGGCUAAGGACGUGAGCAACCAGGAAGUCUUUAACAUCGAAGAAGACCCGGACUUAAUGAGGGUGGUGCAUCUCCUCCAGCCCUACAACACGGACACGGCCGUGCGUUUACUGAGCCCCAUCCUGACUGCCGAAACAUGGCCCCUGGGCAGCGGCGGGCCCCACCUCACCUACAGCCACCGGUCGCGGGCGCUGCUCUGCCUGAUCCACCUGGCAGACGCCGGGCUGCUGGAGACUCACACCCAGAUACCACGCGCCAAGACCAGGUACUACCUGAGGUGCUUCAUCUACGUGUCCCAGCUGGAGGCGCUGAACGUCUCCUACACCAUCGAGGCCUUCCUCAGCAGCCCCAAGGAGGGCAUGGUGAAGGGACUCUGGAAGAACCACAGCCAUGAACCACAGGCCGUGCGGCUGGUGGCAGACCUCUGCCUGGAGUACCAGGUCUACGACCCUCAGCUGUGGAAAGGACUCCUGCAGAAGCUGCUGGCCUUCAGCAUGAUCAGCCAUCUUCAGAAAGUAUUGGAGGCCAUCUGUGCCGUUCCAUCUCUGUGGCAGAUCUCCAGCUUCACCAGUACCUGGAGGAGUAUGAUAUUGGCGCCGUUCAUAUCAGCCUCGGUCCCUCUCAGCCCCGACCAACAGGCCACGCUCUGCCGGACGUUCGUCCUCCUCCUAAAGUGCCCGUUGCUGCUGAACAUGGACCUGAUCGGUAUCGCCAACCGCUUCGCCCAGUUCACCCUGCCCGCCUUCGCCCUGGGCACGCUGCUGCUCAUCCCCUGUGACGUGAAGAAGGAGAAGCAGAUCCAGGGCUUCCUGUCUGCCUGUAACCCGCUGGCCAUCCUGGAGCAGGUGGAGGAGCUCAUGACCACUGGGGAGAUGGCUGGGAUCCCCUCACAGGUCAAGGAGACGGUGUUGAUGUUCCUCAGCCAGAGCGGCCAGCAGCAGAAGGUGCUGAAGACCAGACACUUUGAGGACCUGAAGGCGCUGGUGGUCUCCCGAGGCCAGACCCACCAGGCCAGAGACCUGGUGGACUUCCUCAUCAGCCAGAACCGCGUGGAGGAGGCGAACGCCCUCACCCGGGACUUCAUGAAACACAGGAAGCCUUCCACCAACUCCUCGCCCCUUACGGAAUUCCUCAAUAUUGAAAAUGGCGUUACGGCCUGAGAGGAUGAAUCUCGAUGUACAAUUUGAUUUACUUAUGCUACGUUCACAUUACUGUAUACUAAAUAGGCCGCAUUUACAUUUAAUAUUUGUCCUUUUCUGUACCUGUUCAAAUAAAUAAAUUGCAAUUCUGUUGGA